GGUAGCAGUGAUGUGGCUCAGACUGUAACCUUCCACGUCACUAGGAAGUAGCGGAGAGCCGAGGUGGCAGCUCAGCUCGCGGACCUUCUUGUUUUUACAGAUGUGAAUAACCAAAACUGGCUAUCGAAGGCCACCUUGGAGGAUAGUAAUCGUGCACUUAGUUAUCCGUUGAGUGGAGUUUAUAAGGAUUCUUUUAAACUGAUACAAGCCCGGCAGCAAAAUGACAGCUGCAGAGAACGUUUGUUACACUCUGAUCAAUGUUGCAUCGGACUCAGAGCCCCCCUCUGAAGUCAGCCUCAAAGCAGAUCUAGAAAAGGGGGAGAUCAAAGCAAAGACUGAAGCCCUGAAGAAGGUCAUAAUUAUGAUCCUGAACGGUGAGAAGUUGCCAGGACUGCUGAUGACCAUAAUUCGCUUCGUGCUGCCACUUCAAGAUCAUACCAUCAAGAAACUGCUCCUGGUUUUCUGGGAGAUUGUCCCCAAGACAACUCCAGAUGGCAAGCUACUGCAGGAGAUGAUUCUGGUCUGUGACGCCUACAGAAAGGACUUGCAGCACCCCAAUGAGUUUAUCCGUGGCUCCACUCUGCGUUUCCUGUGCAAGCUGAAGGAGUCCGAGUUGCUCGAGCCGCUCAUGCCAGCGAUCCGGGCCUGCCUGGAGCACCGUCACAGCUACGUGCGCCGCAAUGCUGUCCUGGCCAUUUACACCAUCUACAGGAACUUUGAACACCUCAUCCCAGAUGCUCCAGAGCUGAUCCAUGAUUUUCUUGUCAAUGAGAAAGAUGCCAGCUGUAAGAGAAACGCUUUCAUGAUGCUGAUUCAUGCAGAUCAGGAUCGAGCUCUGGAUUACCUCAGCACGUGUAUUGACCAAGUUCACACUUUUGGCGAUAUUCUUCAGCUGGUGAUUGUGGAGCUGAUUUACAAAGUUUGCCACGCCAACCCUUCGGAGCGUGCCCGCUUCAUCCGCUGCAUCUACAACCUCCUGCAGUCGUCCAGCCCAGCUGUUAAAUAUGAAGCUGCUGGAACUCUUGUUACUCUCUCCAGUGCCCCAACAGCUAUUAAGGCUGCUGCCCAGUGCUACAUAGAUUUGAUUAUCAAGGAGAGCGACAAUAAUGUGAAGCUGAUUGUUCUUGAUCGUCUGAUUGAACUGAAGGAGCAUCCCACUCAUGAGCGUGUAUUACAGGACCUUGUCAUGGACAUUUUGCGUGUCCUCAGCACUCCUGACCUGGAAGUCAGAAAGAAGACUUUACAGCUGUCACUAGACCUUGUUUCAUCUCGAAAUGUAGAAGAGUUGGUGAUUGUUUUGAAGAAGGAAGUGAUCAAGACAAACAAUGUGUCGGAACAUGAAGACACGGAUAAGUACCGGCAGCUGCUGGUGCGCACGCUCCACUCUUGCAGUGUGCGUUUCCCUGAUAUGGCGGCAAAUGUCAUACCUGUGCUGAUGGAAUUCUUAAGUGACACUAAUGAGGCGGCUGCUGCCGAUGUGCUGGAGUUUGUACGAGAGGCCAUUCAGAGAUUUGACAACUUGAGACCCCUCAUCAUCGAGAAGAUGCUGGAAGUCUUUCACGCUAUUAAAACUGUCAAGAUCUAUAGGGGAGCCCUGUGGAUUUUAGGUGAAUACUGCAGCACCAAAGAGGACAUCCAGAGUGUGAUGACAGAAGUACGCAGGUCUCUGGGAGAGAUUCCAAUUGUAGAAAAUGAGAUCAAGAAAGAAACCGGUGAGUUGAAGCCAGAGGAUGAAGUCAGUGCAGCUCCAGCACAGAAGCUGGUGACAGAGAUGGGGACAUAUGUUACACAGAGUGCCCUGAGCUCCUCCAGGCCUUCGAAGAAAGAGGAGGAUAGACCUCCACUUCGAGGCUUCCUGAUGGAUGGUGACUUCUAUGUGGCAGCUUCCUUGGCCACCACACUCACCAAAGUGGCCUUGCGUUAUGUUGCUAUUGUUCAAGACAAAAAGAAACAAAAUUCGUUUGUUGCAGAAGCCAUGCUGAUAAUGGUCACUGUUCUGCACCUGGGCAAGUCUUCACUGCCCAAGAAGCCAAUUACAGACGAUGAUGUGGACCGCAUUUCGCUGUGCCUGAAGGUCCUGUCAGACUGCUCCCCACUUAUGAAUGACAUUUUCAACAAGGAGUGCCGCAAAUCCCUGUCUCAUAUGCUGACUGUCAGACUGGAGGAAGAAAAACUGUCCCAGAAGAAAGAGUCUGAGAAGCGUAAUGUAACUGUGCAAGCAGACGACCCCAUCUCCUUCAUGCAGCUGACAGCCAAAAAUGAGAUGACUUCUAAGGAGGACCAGUUCCAGCUCAGCCUGCUGGCUGCUAUGGGCAACACUCAAAGGAAGGAGGCUGCUGAUCCCUUGGCUUCAAAACUCAAUAAGGUGACGCAGCUAACAGGCUUCUCAGACCCUGUAUAUGCCGAAGCCUAUGUUCAUGUCAACCAGUAUGAUAUUGUGCUGGACGUGCUGGUGGUCAACCAAACCAGCGAUACGCUCCAGAACUGCACCCUUGAACUGGCCACUUUGGGUGAUCUCAAGUUGGUUGAGAAGCCGUCUCCUCUAACUCUGGCUCCUCAUGAUUUUGCUAACAUCAAGGCCAAUGUCAAGGUGGCUUCUACUGAGAAUGGCAUCAUAUUUGGCAACAUAGUCUAUGAUGUGUCUGGUGCUGCCAGUGACAGAAACUGCGUAGUCCUCAGUGACAUCCACAUUGACAUCAUGGACUACAUCCAGCCAGCCUCCUGCACUGAUGCAGAAUUCAGACAGAUGUGGGCAGAGUUUGAGUGGGAAAACAAGGUGACUGUAAACACCAACAUUACUGAUCUGAAUGAGUACCUUCAACAUAUCCUCAAGUCCACCAACAUGAAGUGUCUGACUCCUGAGAAGGCUCUGUCAGGCUUCUGUGGCUUCAUGGCUGCCAACCUUUACGCUCGUUCUAUCUUUGGAGAAGAUGCCCUGGCUAAUGUCAGCAUUGAGAAGCCCAUCCACCUGGGCCCCGAGGCGCCCGUCAAUGGACACAUACGCAUUAGAGCCAAAAGUCAGGGGAUGGCCUUGAGCCUCGGUGACAAGAUCAACCUCUCCCAAAAGAAGACCAACAUCUGAUCCAACCAAUCGUCACCAACAGUCACUUGCUGUUUCCUUGUAUCGCCCACUUCUCAGCAUUUUCAUCACGGAAAAUUAAGAACUCUAUGGUCGGUUGCUUCUGUGCUGUUUUUUAUAUCAUCUUUGUCUGGAAACUACAUCUGAGUAAUGUCUCUGUCCCUGUUUAAUUUUCAAUAAACCUCAUGUAUUUAACGAAGGAGGAAAUUGUUUCAUCCUUCAUUGACUCAAAGUCUGUCGUCUGUAAUUUUGGAGAUUUUUCAGUUCUGUGUUUCAUUAGUUCACUUGAUUUCAUUUUUGAAAUAAAGACACUGAUUAGGA